CCGGCUCGUUCUUCACGGCCCCUUCCUUACUGCACUCUUCAAUCUACCAUGGCCGUCGGAAAGAACAAGCGUCUCUCGAAGGGUAAGAAGGGUAUCAAGAAAAAGGUCGUUGACCCCUUCUCGCGCAAGGACUGGUAUGACAUCAAAGCGCCUUCAAUCUUCGAGGUGAAGAACGUUGGCAAGACUCUCGUCAAUCGGUCUCAGGGCCUUAAAAACGCGAACGACUCUCUCAAGGGUCGUAUCAUCGAGGUCUCGCUUGCUGACCUCAACAAGGAUGAGGAGCAGGCCUUCCGCAAGAUCAAGCUGCGAGUUGACGAGGUCCAGGGCAAGAACUGCUUGACCAACUUCCACGGCAUGUCGUUCACCUCUGACAAGCUGCGGUCACUUGUCCGCAAGUGGCAGACCCUGAUUGAGGCUCACGUUGAUGUCAAGACCACCGACGGAUACCUGAUUCGUCUCUUCACUAUCGGCUUCACCAAGCGUCGGCCAAAUCAGGUUCGCAAGACCACCUACGCUCAAUCUUCCCAGAUCCGCGAGAUCCGGAAAAAGAUGUUCGAGAUCAUGACUCGGGAGGCCACCAGCUGCGACUUGAAGGAGCUAGUGCAGAAGUUUGUGCCCGAAGCGAUUGGUCGUGAGAUCGAGAAGGCUGCCCGCUCGAUCUAUCCCCUUCAAAAUGUCUACGUCCACAAGGCGAAGAUCCUGAAGGCACCCAGGUUCGAUCUCUCGAAGCUCCUCGAGCUUCAUGGCGAGUCGACAGACGAGACUGGCACUCGAGUGGUCAAGGACUUCAAGGAGCCCGAGAUCCUCGAGUCUGUCUAAGCUAUCGUUACCUCUUUUGUCAUCACUUGUUGUAUCAUGCACAAUUUCCUCCCACUAUGCUCGAGGGUAUGAUGACCAUGUCUAUGCUCUUCGUGCGCUUCGCUAUCAUUAUUGCUUGCUGAAUGGGGUGAACAUGGCACUGCGCCCUGUGGGGCUUGAGGUUGACGAGAGGGGGAGGGACGGCGGUACCAUGUCUUCCGAAGAAGCGAAUCUAGUCAGUAUGACCACUAACUACACGUAGCUUGGACUUGCUUGCAUCUUCAUGCAUCAUGUCUGACUUCU